CUCUCGAACCUUAAUAUCCGGUCUGGGUGAAACUGACAUUUUGUGCUUUUUGGAAUGUUUUUGUUGUUUAAUCACGUUGUGCCAGUGUCUUCGACACGUUUUUGCGUUUAAAUGCGGUGCCUGUUAGGAUUUCGGUUCUGUGUUAUUAUAUAACAAUUUUAUUUAUCUGCUGCCCCCUGCAAAAUCCGAUGAAAUUUAAAAAUGGCGGCGGGAGUUGGAGGCGUGACCGAGAAAACCUUGUUUCUAGGUCCCAAAAUCCCAAAAGAAGUGAGAUCUCUAAAAAAAUUACUGCCGGGGCUGGAUAAGCAGACGUUUCGAAGCUUACUCAAGAUUGCCGUGGCAGACUUCGAGGGACGCCAGAUACCCGUUGACGCCUACCCAGACCUCAGGAGCUCUUCGCCGGAUCCAGACAGUCUGGACGUCGUGUUCAGCGGUCUCCACACGUUGCUUCGGGCAGCAUUAAGGCUCCCCACCACGGUGCUGAAACAGGAGACAUUCAAGGAGGAUUUGGAAGUUCUACGAAUUCCCGGCGAGUUUGUGGAAGAUUUGGCGAGCAUCGUGUUUGGUCCCAGGAGAACCAACAUUGACCAGAAAACCAUCGACGGUGCUCCCAGCUACCCCACGCUGGAAAGUCUGAGGUGGAGGAUCGACGUGAGCAUUUCCACCAACGUCCUGAGCAGAGCUCUUGAACCAUCCAUACUCAUGGAAAUAGACACGUCCGACGGCAAGAGUCAUUCUUUCGAAGUGCAGAGAGCAGAAUUUCACAAGUUGCGGCACGCAGUGGCGACAGCACUGAAGGAGAUGGAGGAGCUUGAGAAGAAAGUCGACAAGAUACCAGUACAGUCGCUCCAGUGAAAACGUUUCUUCCCACUCUACUCGCAAGUGCGUUCGUGCCCUGGCAAAGAUCCCCAAGAUUCGUCUGCCGAUGUCCCCAUUGGUGGACUGGUCUGGACCUUGCCCAGUAUUGGUAGUUUGAUUAAAACAUUCUGGCUUGUGGCCAC